GCUUCCGCCGCCGUGGGAACGCAUCUUGUUAAAGAGAAAACGGGCAAUUAAAUUCAAUAUUGCGCGGCCUUCUCACUUCCCCCGAUCCCGCUCUCGAUCCUUCACCCCAUGGCUCCUCUUAACGUAUCCAUAAAGCAUGCCGGGAAGGCAUACCCUAUCGAGCUCGACCCCGAAGAAUCACCAUCCGUUUUCAAGCAUGCCAUUUACUCCGUGACUGGCGUACCUCCAGAGAGGAUGAAAGUCAUGAUCAAGGGAGGAUAUCUGAAAGAUGACACCGACUGGAAGAAGGUCGCACCUAAAGAAGGUCAAACCUUCAUGGUCAUUGGAGCGGCAGGAGAGCUCCCUAAGCCUCCAACUGAAAAGAUUGUCUUCUUGGAAGACAUGACGGACGCGCAGUUAGCCGACGCGCUGAAAAUGCCAGUCGGUCUUAAGAACCUCGGAAACACAUGUUACAUGAACGCGACCGUUCAAGUUCUUCGCGGGAUCCCCGAAUUACGCCCUGCUCUUCAGAACUAUUCACUCCAAGGAGGAACCGCUAACCACAAGCUGGUUAACGCCAUGAAAGAGCUCUUCCAAGGGAUGAAAUCCACGACGGAAGGUUUCCCUCCCAUCCAGUUCCUCGUGUUGCUUAGAGAAGUCCAGCCUCAGUUUGCGGAAGUCCGGAAUGGCCAUUAUGCCCAACAAGAUGCUGACGAAUGUUGGGUUGAACUCCUAAACUCCAUGUCCAACGCUUCAUUACAAGGUUUAACUUCGGAUAAUGAAUCUAGUUCUCAGAAAAGAUUUGUAGAUCAGUAUCUCGCUGGAGAAAUGACGACGACUUUUAAAUGCGACGAGGCACCAGACGAACCGCCCACGAUAUUAAAGGAGAGAAUCCUAAAGCUUGACUGUCCAAUAACGAUCUCCACCAAUUACCUUCAAGCCGGUAUUUCUGAUGCACUUGACCAGAAGAUAGAAAAGACGAGUCCUACUUUGGGUCGCGAAGCUGUGUACACGCAGACCAGCAGACUGUCACGCCUACCUGCCAAUCUAACUGUACACAUGGUUCGCUUUUAUUGGAGAAGAGACAUUAAUAAGAAGGCCAAAAUCAUGCGAAAAGUCAAAUUCCCAUACGAUCUCGACGUAAUCGACAUUGUGACACCAGAACUCAAAGCCAAAAUGCUCCCUCUCUCAACUAAACUGAAAGAGAUCGAAAAGGAACGCGAUGAGCGGAAGAAGACCCGCCGAAAGACCAAGGCUAAAGCGCAAGAAGAUGCUGCCAUCGCUGCCGUAACAUCCACACAGUCUCCCGUAACAGGGACUGCACCGCCAGCAUCCCCCACAGUUGCUGUGGGGGGAAGUACCGGGCCGGAGGUUACAAUGGAAGGGUCGGGACCGUCGGGCCCCUCGGGAUCAGCUCCUCUCCCUCCCGGCGUGCAGGAGGAUGAAGGGAUUAUACGCGCACGAGAGGUCGAGACGUUAAGGAGCCUAGUGGACCCCGACCUCGAGAGCGACGUGGGGUGCAGUCCACACGGUUUGUACGAACUCGUUGGCAUCGUCACGCACAAGGGAGCGUCCGCUGAUGGAGGGCAUUACAUCGGAUGGGUGAAGAGGGACGCCAUCGAAGAGCCAUCCCCAACUGCUAAGCCUGAGGACAAAUACGACGCUACCACUGAUGAAUGGUAUAAAUUCGAUGAUGAUAAGGUUUCAGUCGUGAAACAGGACAAGAUCACAACUCUUGAUGGAGGAGGCGAGGACAGCACGGCUUAUAUAUUGCUGUACAGGAGCAAAAGUCUAGCUUGAGUUCUAAUGUACCCAUGCAGUAGCAAUCUGAAAAAUAUCAGACCAUUAACAUCGUCGCGUAUCUGUAAUUGAGAUGGUUUCUGCUACAGUAUCAACAUGUAUUAGCCACAAUGGGAACAUAGCCAAAUCGACAACGAAAGCCCAACCUGGACGGCACCUUUGUCAAAUAAAUCGGAAGAUGAUAACACAACUGUACAAUACAGUGAUGCAAGAUGCGGU